GGAAACGGUUCAACGAUGACAAGUAUUUUGGAUAUGUGCUCUACAGAGGACGAUGAGACAUUAUGCAUUUGAUGGAUGGCUAAAGUGAAGACAGACUGAGAGAGCAAUGGAUGAAGGCUCUGAGAGUCUUGUGAAUUUGUUGGGAAAGAGGCCAGGAAAAAGCCGAAGGAUGGGCUCCUCGCGUAGACACCAGAGAGGGGCGGGGAAUCCAGAGGGCAUAGAGAGGCUGGUGGAGGGGGACAACUUGUCAAAUGCUGGACAGGAGAAAGGGGCAGGGGCAGGUGAAGCCCCUCCCCAAAAUUAUGCCGAGCACCAAUCAGAACUCUUAUUGCCAUCCAUGGAGAUCGACAUCCAGCAGUCCCAAGUCCAGACGGAAUGUAAAACAGAAUCUGAGAGUCCAGUUUCCCGAGCUCACCGACAUGAGUCAGAAUCAGUAGAGAAAUCCGGAGUGAGUAGAAGCCCAGAUGAAAUAUCUGAAAACAGGGGAAAGUACAGAGAGCAUCUGAAUGUGGAUGAAGCUCAGGAGACAUCUUUUUCUAACAGAAGAGGAAGGAGAAGGAAGUUGGGGCCCACUCGUAAAAGCUCUCUGAAGGCUGAGGUGCAGACAGAAGUGGAUGUCAUAGGGCAGGAGAGGAAGCAAAGAGAAUAUUCGUCAGAUAAUUCUGAACAAGCUGAACAAUCCACAUUUUUAAUGGAGAUGGAGUAUAAAGAGGAGAGACAAGAAGACAGCAUGAUAGAACAGGCUGGAUCAUCUCACACACCUCAUAUGUCAGAUUACUCUGGCCAAGCACAUCAUACCACAUUUAUAAGGGAGGAGUCACACACAGACACACAGCUGACCCAAGCAAGGACAGAGAGUGUAGGAUGCAGUGUAGCAGAGAAAUUGAUUGAAGAAUCUGACCAACUAAAUAAAUUGGAGGGCAGUCUGCGCCUAGACAAGGGUUCAGCGCUCAGUUUAAACCUUAAUGACUUUGAGCAGAGGAGUGUGGAUUUAGAAGACCCUGCCCAAAAGAGUGAGGAGGGAGAUAUGAGCAAUGUAGAGGAUCAUUCUUCUGAAGAGGUCAGUAAGGGAGAGGUGCUCUUUAGUCUUGCUAACGAGAAUGGGCAAGAGGAAAUCAAAGAGAAUAAGGAGAGAGAGGAGGAGAGGAACCCUGAAAAGGGACAGACUGUUGUCAGCGAUGGUCAUUCCCCUACAAUAUUGGAGCAAUCCCACAACUCUACUGCUGCUGAACAAGUGGAGACUGCAAAACUGCAAGACACACAGCUUCCUUUGAUUAUGGAGAACACGCCUAUCCGAUGUGAGGGUGAAAUCAGUGUACAGGAAGGAGGAAAACUAGGAAAAACUGAUCAGAGGGGAGCAGAGACAGAUACAACAGACAAAUCUGCUGACAUCAUGGUGUAUGAGGAUACCACCCUACCCCAGGAGACAUCUCUUCCAGUCCCUAACAAAAGAGAAAGAAGAAUAAAGCUGGGCUCCACUCGUAAACGCUCCCGCAAGGCUGAGGUGCAGAUAGAGACAGGCCUGGAAGAGGAUGCCAUGGGGCAGGAGAUAGAGAAAGGGGAAGAGCCAUCACUGUUAGAAGAGCCAUUGGGCUUUGAGCCAGCUGCACCAUUAGGUGAAAUACAAGCAGAAGAACAGAAGGAAAAGAGCAUCCAUUAUGCUACAGAUCACGAGAAGGGAAUGGAGUGCCAGGUGGGAGACAGAGAAGAUUCAGACAUCUCCACCCACAAACCCGAGGCCUCAGAUCAUUCUCAAUUGGUUGAACCUUCCACAUUUGUAAAGGAUUGGGAGAUAGACACAGACACACAGCUGACCCUCUGGAGCAGAGAGAGUGUGGAGCACAGUGUAGCAGAAAACACAAAGCAUGAGAAUCUGGUUGAAGACACUGUCAUUUUGGACCAACUGAACCAAUCAGAAGACAGCCUGCUCCCAGACAAGGGGUCAGCCCUUAGUUUAAACUUUAAUGACCUUGAGCAGAGGAGUGUGGAUUUAGAAGACCCUGCCCAAAAGAGUGAGGAGGGAGAUAUGAGCAAUGUAGAGGAUCAUUCUUCUGAAGAGGUCUGUAAGGGAGAGGUGCUCUUUAGUCUUGAUGAAGAGAAUGGGCAUGAGAAAAUCAAAGAGAAUAAGGAGAGAGAGGAGGAGAGGAACCCUGAAAAGGGACAGACUGUUGUCAGCGAUGGUCAUUCCCCUACAAUAUUGGAGCAAUCCCACAACUCUACUGCUGCUGAACAAGUGGAGACUGCAAAACUGCAAGACACACAGCUUCCUUUGAUUAUGGAGAACAUGCCUAUCCGAUGUGAGGGUGAAAUCAGUGUACAGGAAGGAGGAAAACUAGGAAAAACUGAUCAGAGGGGAGCAGAGACAGAUACAACAGACAAAUCUGCUGACAUCAUGGUGUAUGAGGAUACCACCCUACCCCAGGAGACAUCUCUUCCAGUCCCUAACAAAAGAGAAAGAAGAAUAAAGCUGGGCUCCACUCGUAAACGCUCCCGCAAGGCUGAGGUGCAGAUAGAGACAGGCGUGGAAGAGGAUGCCAUGGGGCAGGAGAUAGAGAAAGGGGAAGAGCCAUCACUGUUAGAAGAGCCAUUGGGCUUUGAGCCAGCUGCACCAUUAGGUGAAAUACAAGCAGAAGAACAGAAGGAAAAGAGCAUCCAUUAUGCUACAGAUCAUGAGAAGGGAAUGGAGUGCCAGGUGGGAGACAGAGAAGAUUCAGACAUCUCCACCCACAAACCCGAGGCCUCAGAUCAUUCUCAAUUGGUUGAACCUUCCACAUUUGUAAAGGAUUGGGAGAUAGACACAGACACACAGCUGACCCUCUGGAGCAGAGAGAGUGUGGAGCACAGUGUAGCAGAAAACACAAAGCAUGAGAAUCUGGUUGAAGACACUGUCAUUUUGGACCAACUGAACCAAUCAGAAGACAGCCUGCUCCCAGACAAGGGGUCAGCCCUUAGUUUAAACUUUAAUGACCUUGAGCAGAGGAGUGUGGAUUUAGAAGACCCUGCCCAAAAGAGUGAGGAGGGAGAUAUGAGCAAUGUAGAGGAUCAUUCUUCUGAAGAGGUCUGUAAGGGAGAGGUGCUCUUUAGUCUUGAUGAAGAGAAUGGGCAUGAGAAAAUCAAAGAGAAUAAGGAGAGAGAGGAGGAGAGGAACCCUGAAAAGGGACAGACUGUUGUCAGCGAUGGUCAUUCCCCUACAAUAUUGGAGCAAUCCCACAACUCUACUGCUGCUGAACAAGUGGAGACUGCAAAACUGCAAGACACACAGCUUCCUUUAAUGAUGGAGAACACGCCUAUCCGAUGUGAGGGUGAAAUCAGUGUACAGGAAGAAGGAAAACGAGGAAAAGCUGAUCAGAGGGGAGCAGAGACAGAUACAACAGACAAAUCUGCUGACAUCAUGGUGUAUGAGGAUACCAUCCUACCCCAGGAGACAUCCCUUCCAGUCCCUAACAAAAGAGAAAGAAGAAGAAAGCUGGGCUCCACUCGUAAAUGCUCCCACAAGGCUGAGGUGCAGAUAGAGACAGGCGUGGAAGAGGAUGCCAUGGGGCAGGAGAUAGAGGAAGGGGAAGAGCCAUCACUGUUAGAAGAGCCAUUGGGCUUUGAGCCAGCUGCACCAUUAGGUGAAAUACAAGCAGCAAAACAGACGGAACCAAUGAUAUGUCAGACCACAGAUCAAAACAAUAGAAUGGACUGCCAGAUAGGAGUGAAAAAAGCUUCUCGCAUCUCCACUCAGACACCUGAGACCUCAGAUAAUUCUGAACAAGCUGAACAAUCCACAUUUUUUAUGGGGAUGGAGUAUAAGGAGGAGAGACAAGAAGACAGUGUGAUAGAACAAGCUGGAUCAUCUCACACACCUCAUAUGUCAGAUUACUCUGGCCAAGCACAUCAUACCACAUUUAUAAGGGAGGAGACACACACAGACACACAGCUGACCCAAGCAAGGACAGAGAGUGUAGGAUGCAGUGUAGCAGAGAAUUUGAUUGAAGAAUCUGACCAACUGAAUAAAUUAGAGGGCAGUCUGCGCCCAGACAAGGGUUCAGCGCUCAGUUUAAACCUUAAUGACCUUGAGCAGAGGAGUGUGGAUUUAGAAGACCCUGCCCAAAAGAGUGAGGAGGGAGAUAUGAGCAAUGUAGAGGAUCAUUCUUCUGAAGAGGUCUGUAAGGGAGAGGUGCUCUUUAGUCUUGAUGAAGAGAAUGGGCAUGAGAAAAUCAAAGAGAAUAAGGAGAGAGAGGAGGAGAGGAACCCUGAAAAGGGACAGACUGUUGUCAGCGAUGGUCAUUCCCCUACAAUAUUGGAGCAAUCCCACAACUCUACUGCUGCUGAACAAGUGGAGACUGCAAAACUGCAAGGCACACAGCUUCCUUUAAUUAUGGAGAACACGCCUAUCCGAUGUGAGGGUGAAAUCAGUGUACAGGAAGAAGGAAAACAAGGAAAAACUGAUCAGAGGGGAGCAGAGACAGAUACAACAGACAAAUCUGCUGACAUCAUGGUGUAUGAGGAUACCAUCCUACCCCAGGAGACAUCCCUUCCAGUCCCUAACAAAAGAGAAAGAAGAAGAAAGCUGGGCUCCACUCGUAAACGCUCCCGCAAGGCUGAGGUGCAGAUAGAGACAGGCCUGGAAGAGGAUGCCAUGGGGCAGGAGAUAGAGAAAGGGGAAGAGCCAUCACUGUUAGAAGAGCCAUUGGGCUUUGAGCCAGUUGCACCAUUAGGUGAAAUACAAGCAGAAGAACAGAAGGAAAAGAGCAUCCAUUAUGCUACAGAUCAUGAGAAGGGAAUGGAGUGCCAGGUGGGAGACAGAGAAGAUUCAGACAUCUCCACCCACAAACCCGAGGCCUCAGAUCAUUCUCAAUUGGUUGAACCUUCCACAUUUGUAAAGGAUUGGGAGAUAGACACAGACACACAGCUGACCCUCUGGAGCAGAGAGAGUGUGGAGCACAGUGUAGCAGAAAACACAAAGCAUGAGAAUCUGGUUGAAGACACUGUCAUUUUGGACCAACUGAACCAAUCAGAAGACAGCCUGCUCCCAGACAAGGGGUCAGCCCUUAGUUUAAACUUUAAUGACUCUCAGAAAAGGACUCCAGAAUUAGAAGACCAUCCUCAAAAGAGUGGGGGGGGAGAGAUGAUGAAUAAAGAACACAGUACAGGAGAUGUGCUCUUUAUUCUGGCAGAGGAGAGUGGUCAUGAGAAAAUCAAAGAGAAUACGGAGGGAGAAGUUGUCAGUGAUGGCCAUUCCUCUACAAUAUUUGAGCAAUCAGAUAACUCUAGCAAUGCUGAACAAGCGGAGACUCUAAAGCUGCAAGGCACUCAGCUGCCCUUAGUGACGGAGAACACGCCUUUCAAACAUGAGGGAGAAAUCAAAGCACAGGAAAGAGGAGACCAGGCUGAUGAAAGGACCAUAAAUCUGGCCGAGAAAGACAGAUGUACAAAUACUGUGAAGGUCAAGGACACUGCCCUACCCCUUGAGAUGCGUCAUCCAGUCCCUACAAGAAGAGAAAAGAAAAGGAAGUUAGGGUCCACUCGUAAAAGCUCCCGUAGAGCUGAGGGGCAGACAGAGGCUGUCAUGGGGGAGGAGGGAGAGAAAGGAGAAGAGUCAUCAAAGUUGGAAGAUGACUCUGGGACAUCUGUACCAUCAGAAGAAAUUCAAGCAGAAAAUCAGAAGGAAAAGAGCAUCCAUCAAUCCACAGAACAUUCAACCUUUUCAGUGGAGAAGGAGAAUAAGGAGGAGAGAGAACAACAGGAGAUGGAAGUUGGAAUGUAUCACACACCUGAUAUCUCAGAUAAUUGUGUCCAAUCAACACAUACUACCUUUGCAAAGGAAAUUGAGUCAAUUCCAAACACACAGACAACCCACAGAGAGGGUGUGGGGUUCAGUGUAACAGAAAUCACAAAGCAUGAGAAUAUGAUUCAAGACACUGCUCUUAUUGACCAACUGAACCCACCAGGUGGAAAUCUGCACACAGAAAAAAAUUGUGACCUCUCAGUAAGUCUUCAUGAUUCUCAGUGGAGGAGUCAGGAGUUGACUGGCAACACUCAACAGUUCUACCAGCCUAAAAACAUUGGGCAGUUUUCUGCAGAUGAGCACAAUACUUCCACUAUACCACCACGGAGGAGGAAAAUGGGAUCAACUCGCAAAGGCCUCCAGCAUUCUCCCAAUCAAGGUGAGAGGGAAAAAUUUAGCAAACAGAGGGAGAAAAGUCAGGGAGAUGAAGGAGAAAUGGGACAAAUGUUAGAGGGAAUGAAUGGCUCACAUAAACAAGAAAGGGGAAUAGAUAAGAAAAAGGAUGGGGCCAUCAUGAGUUCAGUUCAGUCACUUGCAUUUUUAGAGCCAACUCAAUGUCCUGCUAUUACCGGAAAACAGGAUAAGGCAAGUACAGUGGCCACACAGCCCCCUGCAGUGAGGAAGAAGUUGGGUUCCAGCUGCAAAGACAGGAGAAGUGUAUGGAAAGGGGAAAGAGACCUCAGACAAGCUGAUCUUGAGGUAGAGGAUCCCAAAGCCUCAGCAGUAUUGCAGAGAAUUAAGGAAAUCUUCCAACACUGGGACCCAGAAGAAAGGGGCUUCAUCACAUGGGACCUGAUGCAGGGACUGGGAGGUGAGCUGGGGCUCAGUACUGAAGAACUUUGGCAGGUAUUUGAUCGACUGGACAAGGAUAGAGAGGGACUGGUCACUUCUCAGGAUGUCACAGCAGGCUUCCGGGACUUCAUGCAAUUCCAGCAGCCCAGCGCUCGGCCGGCAGCCACUGUGUCAGAGUGUCACCAGUCAGAGGCUCCCAUUCUGCCUGAGGAAGUGGCUGACAAUGGAGAAAAGACCUUCCUGUCCAUGUUGGAUGAUCUGAGAGCCUACAGCCUGCUACAGGAGCACAUCCAACAGCACAGUGUUGGAGUUAAGGAGCUGCAUGAGGAAAUGGAGAGACAGAUUGGGACUGAAAAAAUAAGAGUAAAGAAAGAGAGCCUGGAGAAGAGCCGUUCACAGCUGGGUCAGGCAGAAGAGGAGCUGGACCAUAGGAACAGGGAGAUUCGGGCCCUGAAUGUAGUUCAGAACCAGUUGGAGGACAGCGUGCGGCGGCUGAGGCAGCAGCAGAGUGGGGCGGAGGAGCAGGAGCGGUGCAGGGCCCUGGAGCAGCAGCUGGAGAGCAUCCGAGGACAGCUGCAGGAGACCUUGAGACAUGUACACGCCUUACGCAGUGAUUACGGCCACAAGCAACCCCACCCACAGCUACGCAGUCUGAUGGACAGGGGUGGACAGAUUGAGGACUUCUCCAGACCAGAGAGUGAAAUGAGGGACAUUUCCUAUCAGGCUGCGGUACAGGAGGGAUCUGGAUCAGUGCUAGGCCAUUGGUCUCCCCAAGACAGCUGUAUAGGAGCUCAAGGUGACUCACACAGGCGAGUGAUAUCCAUAGAGGAGGAUCCCAUGCCUGACCUACCCACUGGCAGCCAGGCCUCGCCCCACUGCAGCCUCGGAGAGGCACUUUGGGACAAACAGAGAGGCCAGGCCAGAGGAGAGAGAGACUCACUGAGCAGUGUGAGCUGCUCCCCCGCAGUGCUGGACCUGCUGUAUAAUGUGGUUCUGCUGGGGAACAGCAGUGUGGGAAAAACGUGCUUCAUGAGGCGAUUCCAAAGUGGAGAGUUCAGCCCUGAUCUCUGUGCAACAGUCGGCCUGGACAGCUGUAUCCAGAGUGUGCAGGUGGAGGGGCGGAGGGUCAUCCUGCAGGUGUGGGACACUGCUGGACAGGAGAGGUAUCACAGUGUCACCAAGCAGAUUCUGCGUAAAGCCCAGGGACUGCUGCUCAUGUAUGACAUCACUUCCUCUCAAAGCUUCCUCGCCCUCCGCUAUUGGCUCUCCAGCAUCGAGGAAGGAGCCCCUGAUAAUGUCAUUAUUAUGUUGCUGGGGAACAAGAAUGAUAGCAGCAAACAGCGGGAAGUUUCAUUGGAGGAGGGACAAAGGCUUGCAAGGGAGUACAAUAUUCAUUUCAUGGAGUGCAGUGUGGCUACCGGCAACAAUGUGGUACCAGCCAUGAAUAACCUGGCCCGGAUGCUGAAGCAGCAGGUGGAUGACAAGCAGGAAGGAAGUGUCACGUUUCAGAACGGGUCCCCAAAAAAGAAGUCAGGGUGUUGUGGAUGAGUGUGUGAUGAUGUCACUCAAGGAACCACCACAGCAGAAGUUGCCCUUAUGGAAAUCUAAUAUACACCAAGAUGAAUAUAAAUAACAGAACGUAAAAAUAUAAUAUUAAAAUAUAUAGAAUAUAUUUCAUAACAGUAUAUUUUUUACAGAAUAUGCAAUUUGGCAAGCAAUUUGCAUUUUGCUUACAUUGUACUAUUGUGAAGUGUUACAAUAUAUUGAUUAUAGAUUUUGUUAGAAUAUAUAUUUUAAUAUAACCAAUUUCCAUGAGUGUGUUGUGAGGUUAAUGAGAACUCAUAUUCUCAGCUAUCUGACCGAUCUGACCGAACUGCAGGAAAACAAGAUAGCUGUACAUAACCAUAGUACAAAACAGCAGAAAACCUGCAAAGAAAGCCUCAAAUGUUCCAUGUAACCACCAGUGGACAUAAAUAUGGCUUCAAACUAGAUUUAGAGAAAUAUUUACCUUGAAAAAAAUCUAUCAUAAAGAAUGAGGUCUGAUCUUGUUCAUAGCUGAAGCCAAGUAUGUCUGGAGAAUUUUGCUCAAUAAAAGUUUGUGGUCAUCAUUG